CGUCACAUCCUGCCAAAUCGAACAACAAGCAACACGCAUUGCAGCAGCAGCUGUUAUCAUUAUUUUCAUUUCGAGCGUCCCGAGUAUUUUGCCCGUGUCAACAUGCUGGACUUUUUCACCAUCUUCAGCAAAGGAGGCAUCGUCCUCUGGUGCUUCCAGAGCACCAGCCAAAUUUUCACACCCUCCGUCAACGCUCUGAUUCGCAGUGUCAUCCUGCAGGAACGAUCUGCCGCUAACAACAGCUUCGACCACGGUUCGCUGUCCCUGAAGUACAAGCUGGACAACGAGUUCGACCUGAUUUUCGUGGUGGCCUUCCAGAAAAUCCUGCAGCUGUCCUACGUGGACAAGUUUCUGAACGAUGUGCACCUCGAGUUCCGCGACAUGUACAAGAACGAGCUGCAGGAAGGCCAGGUGUUUGGGAACUUUGACUUCUCGUCUGUGUACAAGGAAGUGUUGGCCGGCGCCGAGGAGUGGGCUCGGCUGCAGCAGAUGGUGCCGAAGCAGAUGAGGUCUUUCGAGGAGUCCCUCAAGUCUAAGAAAACCGUGUCCUCCAUGAUUGAACGCCCUCACGAGCAGAAGCAAAAGCAGGGUAAAGGAGGCAAAAAGAAAAACGCUUUUGAAGAAGAAAAAGUGCCUGAGCUGAUUAAGGUACCUGACAGUCCUCCCCUGUCUCCGAAAUCAGCCAACGGAGAGCUGGACGAGGAAACUCUGGCGCAGAACCGCAUGCGUCUGGCCCAGAAACUUGGCUCUCCUAAUGCCAAGAAGAAAGCAGUUGAGAAACAGAAAAGUCCCAAGCCGAAGAAAGCUGGCAAGGCUCCGACUCAGUGGGACUUGGGCGGAACCAACAAGGAUGUUGCCAAUUUGGAACGAACCAAGGACAGGCCUUCCGACUCGCCAAACACUCCCAACUAUGACGCAAGAUUGAUUGGUCAAAUGGUUGGUGGAAUCAAAGACCUUGAGGUUGAGAGCAGUGACGAGGAAGAGGAGGAGGAGGAAGAAAGUGAAGUGCAAAUGCAGGUAUCAAAGGAGAAGAAAUCGGGUGGAAUGUUCUCCAUUUUCAAGGGGUUGGUCGGCAACAAAAGCCUUUCUCGAGAAAGCAUGCAGCCUGCUCUGGAAAAAAUGUGUGACCUUCUAAUUGCGAAAAAUGUGGCCGCAGACAUUGCCAAGAAACUCUGCGAAUCGGUUGCUGUCAAGUUGGACGGAAAGGUCAUAGGCACGUUUGAUGGUGUGGCUUCUGUGGUGAAGAACACCCUGAACGAGUCUCUGAUCCAGAUCUUGUCCCCUCGGCGCCGAGUAGACAUUCUUCGUGAUGCUCUCGAGUCUCAACGCAAAAAUCGUCCCUACGUAAUGACCUUCUGCGGGGUCAAUGGCGUUGGCAAGUCCACUAACUUGGCAAAGAUCUGCUUUUGGUUGAUUGAGAACAAUUUCCGCGUGCUGAUCGCCGCUUGCGACACAUUCCGAGCCGGCGCUGUGGAGCAACUUCGCACCCACAUGCGCCACCUGAACGCCCUGCACUCUUCUGAAAUGCACAACGGCCAGCAAAUGGUGCAACUCUACGAAAAAGGAUACGGUAAAGAUGCAGCUGGCAUUGCUAUGGAGGCCAUAAAUUUUGCCAGAGAAGCCAGAAUUGACAUUGUCCUUGUUGACACUGCUGGCCGCAUGCAGGACAACGAACCUCUGAUGCGAGCUCUUGCCAAGUUGAUCAAAGUAAACGACCCUGACUUAGUCCUCUUCGUUGGUGAAGCCCUUGUGGGCAACGAGGCUGUCGACCAACUGGUCAAAUUCAACCAAGCCCUUGCUGACUAUUCUGCAACUGACAAUCCUCACCUCAUUGACGGCAUUGUCCUCACCAAAUUUGACACCAUCGAUGACAAAGUUGGUGCUGCCAUUUCCAUGACCUACAUCACCGGCCAGCCGAUCGUUUUUGUCGGAACCGGCCAAACCUACACUGAUCUCAAGUCCCUGAACGCAAAGGCUGUGGUCCAUGCACUUAUGAAGUGAUUUCAGCCCUGGUUUUUAAUCAAACUUCGUCUUUUACUUGCGUCGGGAACUGCUACAUGCAUAAGUUGGUUGUUUUAAAAGCUUAUUAUUGGUUUGAAGGUUGAGGUGGCCUGUUUUAUUCAUUACUUUUUGUUAACAAAAUUGAAUAAAAAUUCCAUAAUAUAAAUAUUCACUUCAAA